UGUCAUCUGCAAAACAAACCGUCGCCAUUAGAGGUUCGCCUUACAGCAUGAUCCUCGGUCGCGUCUUCCAGCCGCUUCGCCGGCGGCGCCGGCCGCCGCUCCUCCAGACCACAUUCCUCCGCCUCCACGGCGCCCUGGCAAACCACCCCAGCCCGUACACAGCCCUUCCCGCCCACCGCGGCCGCCGCUCUGCCCGCGCGGUGUUCGACGAAACGCCGCACGAGGACGCCGUCGCCUACGCCAACCUGAUCGAACUCCACCUGAGCUGCGGAGACCUCCCGCGCGCGGAGGCGCUCUUCCGCGCGGCGCCCACGGCCGCCCGCGGCCUCCGUCUCGACACCGUGAUGCUUGACGGGUACUACAAGGCCGGCCGCGUCGACCACGCCCGCAGGCUGUUCGACGGAAUGGCGGUCAAGAGCGUCGGCGCGUGGACCCGCAUGGUCUCAGGGUACUGCCGCGCCGGGCGCGUCGACGAGGCGCGCCGUCUGUUUGAGGUGAUGCCGGCCCGCGACGUCGUCUCGUGGACGGCGAUGUUGCAGGGGUACGUGCGCAGCGGGAUGAUGAGGGAGGCGCGCAGGCUGUUCGACGCGAUGCCGGCCCGCGACUUCGUCUCAUGGACGGCGAUGUUACAGGGGUACGUGCGCAGCGGGAUGCUGAGGGAGGCGAGGGAGCUGUUCGACCAGAUGCCGGAGAGGAACGUGAUCACAUGGACGGUCAUGGUUAGGGCCUAUGCCGACCAUGGCCACUUUCAGGAAGCCAUGGAGCUGUUCGACAGGAUGCCUCAGAGGACCGUGUAUUCCUGGAACAUAAUGAUCUCUGGUUUCUUCCGUGCUGGGAACGUGGACGAGGCGGUUCGGCUGUUCGAGAGGAUGCCAGAUAGGAAUGCUGUUUCUUGGACAACGAUGGUCACAGGCUUAGCGCAGAACGGCCGUGUUUCGAUGGCACGAGAGUUCUUUGACAGAAUGCCGGAAAACAGGGACGCCACGGCAUGGAAUGCGAUGAUCACUGCUUAUGCCAACGCUGGCCAGAUGUACAAGGCUCAGAGAUUGUUCCAUUCUAUGCCCGCAAAGGACCUGGUGAGCUGGAAUGCCAUAAUCCAUGGCUAUGCCAAUAACAAGCACAAGAGCGAGGUCAUGCGUUUAUUUCUUCUCAUGCUCGGGUCAGCAGUAUCCCCUGACAGAUUUACAUUGAUCAGUGUCUUGCUUACAUCCGAGAGCACAGUUGAAGUUGGGCAAAUCCAUGGCUUGGCUACCACACGAGGUCUCCUGUCAGACACCUCCUUAGGAAACGCUCUGCUCACCAUGUAUUCAAGGAGCGGUGACCUGCACUCUGCCUGGCAAGUUUUCAACAUGUUACAAGAGAAGGAUCCCGUCACAUGGACAUCGAUGAUGCGGGCCUUCGCCAACCAUGGCCGUGCCUCCUACGCGCUGCAGGCCUGUGCUCAGAUGUUGCAACAUGGAUACAAGCCCAGCUCGACCACCUUCAUCGCCGCGUUAUCAGCCUGCAGCCACGCCAGUGUCGUCGACAAAGGCCGUGCCUCCAGGGCGCAUUGCCGCGUAAGCGUCCAAGGUGGGACGCUUUAUGAACAAUGGUGGGGGAAGCUCUUCCAAAGUCUGACGGUCCCUCUGGUUCGGGUUUGGGAGGCUACUACACGGUUCUGGUGAGUGUGUUUGCGUCAGGUGGGAUGUGGGAGGAGAUGGCAGGGGCGUAUAAGGCCAUGAAGGGGAGCCAGGUAUGGAGGACACCCGGGGUUAGCCAGAUAAUGGUGGAUGCAAAGGACCCGCAUGUUCUUCUCAAGGAUCAGAUGCAUCCGCGGUGGGAAGCGAUGUACGAGAUGCUGGACGACACGCUUGUCCCCCAGAUGAUGAAGUAGGAUUGUAACAGUGUGAGCUGGUUGAUGCAGUUGCAAACUUGCAUCAGCUGAUUGAUCUAUUUGAUUUUUUAGGGUAAUCGGAUCUCUUUGAUGUCAAGCUUAUUUCGUCCUACACACAAUGCUUUGACACGCAGUACAGAUAUAUGAGAUGCUGGACGACACGCUUGUCCCUCCGGUGAAGGUGAAUUUAACAAAAUACCAUAUUCUACUUUCCUUAUACUCCCCCCCGUUCCUAAAUACAAAUCCUUUUAGAUAUUUCUAUAUGGAUUACAUACGGAUGUAUAUAGACGUAUUUUAGAGUGUAGAUUCACUCAUUUUGCUCCGUAUGUAGUCCAUGUUGGAAUCUCUAAGAAGACUUAUAUUUUGGAACGGAGGGAGUAGAAAAAAGGAACGCCAACCUGUGUUCAUGAGUUUCUUUAGCUACUGAACUCCUGAACCUCAAGAAAUUUGGAACUGUCUUCCAGAAUUUGUUGAUGGCUAUCUCUAGUGGCUCUGGAUCUUUACUGUCUUGCAUAUUGAAUGGUGGGGGUGCAAUGCCAUGAAACUUGCUGAUGGUAAGAAGUUUCUCGACACUCUUAAAAAUAUAUACACCAUCCGUAUCCUCCAAUUAUCCAUUUGGGGAGGCAUGCUUGGUGCUGGAAACACUUUUGGUGAAUGGAGGUGCUGGAGACCUCACUGUGCUUUGUUGGCAAUCAAUGAAUUCACAGACAAAGCAUGAGAAAGUCUAUCUCAUUAUCCACACACACCCUAACUAUUUACCUUUUCUCAUCGGAGAGGUUUAGGGCUGCUUAUCAAGGAGAGAUAGAGCCACUGACAUGUAGGUCCAAGAGUGGAAACCACCAGUGAAGAAGACUCGCAUGGGCAACGAGAAUAAGAUUCAAAAUGUGUAAUUGGCCCUGUCCAAUCAAUGGAGUUAAAAAGAAGGCACUCAAACCUCUCUAUCAGUUACUGUUGUAUGUAAUUUCACUAGUAUUUGUGAUGUGGUGUUCACAGCAAAAGGAAGAGUAAGAAGAAGUUGCUGCUGCUCACUGUGGCAACGCUGCAAGCCAUCCCAGUGCCUGUGACUAGAAGGCAAAUGGCUUUGGCAAUUCAAGAAGGGCAAAGUAUCCGGUGAAAACUGAAAUUCAGGGCAAAUCAGAAAGCUUCCACCGUGGCCCAUUAGAUGGAUAUACUGGACGGCAGAGAUCAAAAGUGGAAUUACCAGCAAGCCACUUAAAAUUCUGUUCACAUACCCCCUUAUCUUAGCAUGGGCGACUCGGCGCCCGCAGCAGCUGCUCCCGACGUGACGGUGACUUGGUGGCCGCGACGGAGGUUCAGCGGCCGUCGUGCUGCUGUCAUGCGACGGUGAUUCGCGGUCGGGGUGCUGCUCAUCGCACCUGUAGUCUGAAUUUUGAAGCUCCGUCUGAAUGUCCAACUUUUUUCUGCUGUUGAAGUUUGAGGCAGGCAACCGAAGCUUGAUUUUGUAGUCUCAUUUCGUUUCUCAUGCAGGCAGCCUGUAAUCUUUGGAUCUAUGAUCCUGAGAAACAUUUGAAAUGUUAUCAAGCAAAUCAGUGCAUGGAUUUUUGUAUUCUCUUCAUCUUGACUCGGCGAUGUGAUUCACUUGCAUAAAUCCGACGAGCCGAGCUAUUUUCCUCUACUGAAAGUGAUGUGUUACGGGG